UUGAUUUUAUACCACUUCUUUUACUCUUUUACUUGAUUGUUUUUAUGUAAAUUUUCUUUUAAAGUCUGUUCUGUAAAGUUACAGCUGAGCUCAGGAACAAACCUGCGAACAUUUCAACUUUAAAAGCUUUUAAACUGAAAAUACUUCUGAAGCACUAACCUCUUAAGCUAACAGCGUUAGCACUGUUAUCGCUAUAGAAAUGAUUUUCUCUCAAACACUUUCAUAAAAACUUCUGAAGCCGAACUUUAAAACAGCUUGAUGUCAGCGUCAGCUCUGAGGCUGCUGAUUGGCUGAAGCGUGAUGACAUAACUAAACUACCUAAAUGACUCGUGCAUUUCAGCACGCUAACGUUAGCCUGACUGAACAAUAACAAAGGUUAAACCAGCAGAAUGUGAAACUUGUUCGAGUCAAAGAUCUGUGAAUGAGUGAAUCAGGGGGGCAGCAGCGUCCAAUCAUGUGCCUUGAAUUUUGAUGGGCGGAGCCGAACUAAAAUUUCAAACUAUUAUAAACAGUUUAUGUUAUUCUGUGUGUUUCUUGAUGUAAACCAGUUUGUGAUUAAACUGUUUAUGAAUAAAUUUCACACUCAGACCUUUUUGUUGUUUAUAGAUUUUAUUAAUAACCACUUUCAGGAUAAAUACAAAAACAGCAAUUUGAAAUGCAUCAGAUGGUCAAUACUUAAUUAAACAAGCAGAUUUAUAAAAACUGAAGUUUUCAUUUUGACAUUUUAGCGACAUAUAAAGAAUAAAAAGUUUAGCGUCUUAUUUAGGGUUUAAAAGUGCAUGUGAACAGCUAGCUAGCAUUUACCGUGGUAUGUGGAUGAUACCAGCUAAUUCAACAGAAGCGAAGGCCUUUUCCACGUGUGGGCUGGUACUUUUUUAAAACAGAUUCUAUGUAGAUAUUAAAAAAAGAAAUUCUGUCGUCACGGUAACAGAAAUGGUCAGAAACGCUCAUAUAUAUAGCCUUUUCAUUGGCUGUUCGUAUAGUCGACCAAAACAUGGUAGAAUGCCGACGAUCAAAGAAAGAUAUUGAUCAUGUUUUAUAUUGAUAUUGAGGGAAAUUAAUUUUUGAUAUAUAUCGUUAUCGUUUUAUCGCCCAGCCCUAACUC